CAAGCUUUUGCGCAGUUUGCAUGAAGUGCAUCGAAUGCCGAUAAUAUCACGUAGAAACUACUUCACCUUUGCACAGAUUUAUUGCCAUGGUUCACAUUAUAAAACGCUUGUUUUGUAGACAUAGCAUCGGAGGCUCUUCAGAUGCAUCGUGCUCUUAAACACGUCGGAUUGUACUGGUCUCUUUAAGGUGCAAUGUUCACAGAAAGCUACUCCUGUAUGUAAACAUGGCAUGGUCAAUGGGAUUUGGCCAAAAAGACACACCCCCUGAAGAGAUGAACGCUGACCUAUUUUUUGCCAGGGUAUCCGGUGGCUCAAAAGAAAGUUCCACAUUGAAUUUACAGGACGUGCUAUGCUCGAAAAUGGACAGCGAGAGAAGGCCUGUCAAAAUUCGACCACCAAGCCCAAAAGCUUCUUCUCCAAGGCAACAUACAGGCCGGAGUCUGUCAUGCGAACCCCCAACCAAAUCCAUCAUCCAUAGGCGAACUCAGUCUCUACCAUCUCCAUCAGAGAGAAGGAGGCUUGGCCGCAGAACAUGUGUCCGAUUUGUGGACUCCUUGGGAUUGGAUUUGGAAAAUGUCAAGGUUUUCAAAAGUGGGGAGGACCCCAUUGUCCCAGAGCACGUUCUCUUUCGACUUUUAAUGAAUGCAGAGCUAUCUUCAAGCAAGAGGAUGGAGAUAUCCUUGCCAUAUUUGAAACCAAUGUUCCUUGUGCAACCAGGGGACAGUUCAAAUUUUGUUGAUCGUCUGUGUUGCCAACACGUGUGUCUGGAGCGUGUUUUGUGCUAUGAGCCUGGCAUUAUAGGAGUUGUUCAAGUUGUAAACUUGGCCUUUGAGAAAGAAGUGAGUGUCCGCUACUCCUUUACAAACUGGAGGAGUUGCACAGAAACCAAGGCUUACUGGGUGGCCAGCAAAUCCAUUCCGAACGGGCCUUGCUGUGACACUUUUCGAUUUCAUCUCCCAGUCCCUCCAUUUAUUUUUCAUCCUGGGGCAGUGCUGGAGUUUGCAAUCUGUUACAAAGUCAUGGGCACUCAGUUUUGGGAUAACAAUUGUGGACAGAAUUACAAAUUAACCUGUCAUAGUUAUAAUCUGCCUGUGCCAAAGGAAUGCGAGGACAGCAUGAUACACUUUAUCUGAUGACAUGCUGUUAGUGGAAACUUUUGAGAGCACUUUUCAUAUUCUUUUAGAUAUUAUAUGCCACUACCAGCAUUUUCACUUUUCGUGAUGUACAUUGCUAGGACCCUUUGAAAGUCUUGCCAUAAAACAUUUCAUGCAAUUAAAGGAAUAGUUCAUUCGAAAGUGAAAAUUAUCUCAUUAUCAUUUACUGGUACUCACCCUCAUGUCACCCCAGAUGUGACUUUCUUUUUCUGCAGAACACAAUUAAAAAUGUAUAGAAGAAUAUUUCUACUUUGUUAGUCCUCACAAUGCAAGUGCAUGGGGGCCAGAACUUUUAAGUUUUAAAAAGUGCAUAAAGUUUGCAUAAAAGUAAUCCAUACGACUCCAGUGGUUUAAUCCAUGUCUUCGAUGUCUGCUAUAUUAAUAUUAAAGUCCUUUUUUACUAUAAAUCUCCACCUUUGACCAUCCCCGACCAGUAGGUGGUGAUAUGCACAAACAAUGUGAAUUGCCAAAAAACAAAAGAAGAACGCGGUAGUGAAAUUGGAGAUUUAUUGUAAAAAAACAAUUUUUUAUAUUGAUCUGUUUCACCCACACCUAUCAUAUCACUUCUGAAGACAUAGAUUAAACCACUGGAGUCGUAUUGACAGCCUUUAUGUGUUUUUUUGGAGCUUCAAAGUUCUGGCCACUAUUUACUUGCAUUCACCUACAGAGCUAAGUGGGUGUGGAAUAUUUUUCUAAAAAUCUUUGCUUUUGUUUUGCAGAAGAAAGAAAGUUAUACACUUCUGGGAUGGUGUGAGGUUGAGUAAAUGAUGAGAACAUUUUCAUUUUGGGGUGAACUAUUCUUAAUACCUGGAAGCCAUGAAAAAAAUGUAAACACUGUUUUGUGACCACUUUUUAACUGGACUUUUCAAAU